AUGCUGCCACCAUCACAAAGCUGUGGCGGUUGCAGUGGAGAAGCCCAUUGUGACGGGGCCACCACGGUGACCGUGGGGUAUUUCAGGAGCGAGAGCCCUGGAGUGACCAGUGCAGAGGAGACCCCUCCCUCGGGAGGCUGUAUCUCCCCUGGGUGCCCUAUGGAUCAAGGCUUAGGAGUAGGGUCUGGACACCGGCGCUUAGGGAGCUCGUGUCUCAGGCACUGGAGAGUGGUGUCCGGUGAGGCUUUACGGAGACGGAGAUUUAGGUGGGUUUGGUUUUUAACUUGUUGUCACGCUUUUGUUCUUGGGGCUGAGGGACCGGGGAGCGGCCGAGGGGAGCGGCGGGGCUGGGGGAGCGGGCAGGCGCUGCGGGCCCGGCGGGCUCUGGCGGUGCUGCGGGUGCGGCUGUGCCGAGGGGGUGGCGGGGCCGGGGCCGGCGGGCUGAAGCCGGUCCCGGGCCGGGCGGCGCGCGGGCCGGCGGCGCUCCCCCAGCGCGGGCCGACGGGGCCGGGCGUUGCCCGGCGGCCGCUGGAGCGAGAGCGGUCGGUGCGUCCGUUGUCGGGGAGCGCCAUGGAGGGCCAGCGGCUGCCCGGCGCUGUCAAUCCCAGCCACUUCCCGGCCAAGCUCUGGCAGCUGGUGAACAGCCCGCGCUGCGGCUCCGUGCGCUGGGAUGCCCGCGGCGAGGGGCUGCUCAUCGACCAGCGGCUCUUCGAGCGAGAGCUGCUGGGCGCGGAGGCGGCCGGCGACGGGGCGGCCCUGGGCGGCGAGUUCUUCAAGACCAGGAACUUCGCCAGCUUCAUCCGCCAGCUGAACCUGUACGGGUUCCGCAAGCUGGGGCCGGGCCCCGGGCCCCUGCAGGACCCGGCGGGGGGCGAUGGCGGCAGCUCCGCGGGGGCCCUGCUCCACUUCCACAGCCCCCAUUUCCGCCGCGACCGCCCCGACCUCCUGCUGCGCCUCAAGCGCCUGACGAGCGCCAACAAGGCGAAGCUGGCGGCCGGCCUGGAGCUGCCCAGCCGCCCGGCCCAGCGCUCCCAGCGCCCGCCCUCGACGCUCGGCGAGGCUGCCAGGCCCGGACUGGUGACCGCAGGACAGGCUCCUCAACCUUGCCGUCCAGACAGCUGCUUUCCGCCCUCCAACAGAGCGGCCUCGUGCCAGGACCCCCCUGCUUUCCAGGCAACAACUUGCCGGCAGCCUUCCAGACCACGGCAGGGUUCUGUUGGGUCGCUGCCAGGGCACGGGGCUUCCCCAGCUUUCCCAGGCUAAGGGGCUCCCUUUCCUGUCGUCCACAAGUGCUGCACAGAGGUCACGUACACUCUCCAGACCGUGUGCUCGCUUCUGCCGCUUCAGCGAGGCGCUCCGGCUGGUGCUGCCCUUCCAGAACCCGGCAGCUGCGCGUCUCCAGGGCAGCGCUUGCAAGGCCCGGAUCCAACGGGCACCCCGCCGUGUUCGCCCCCUGCCCAGGGAGGGCCUCUGACUGUCAGCGCCAGUGCUGCGGCUGCGGCGUCCACCGACUGCGUCUUUGUGCAGAGUCCUGAAUUGCAGCCGCUUUCUGCAGCUGAAUGCCUGCCCUCCGAUGGGGCACAUCAUGCAUCUGAGGAGGAGGAGGUGUUGCCGGAAUUAAGUUAUGAAGAUGUGUUUCAGUUUCUCAGUGAGAUGUAUGCAUCAGACUGCGCCGACGUAGUGACACCGGAGCCUGCAGAAAGCUGGGGUGGAGAGCUGUUUGAAAGCUACAUCAGUGCGGCCAUAGAAAGCGCUGCUGCUGCUGCUGGAACGGCACAAGACUGUGUGAGCACCCAGGGAGCCCCUGAACACCCGGAUCACAGCCCAGCUCAACUAUCCGAAAUGUUUGUUGCGGAAGGACUGUUUUGUGCGGAGCAAGAGAGUGGGAGUGUUAAAUGCGGAUCUGCGACGGAAGAGAGAGAGCUGACUUCAGGAGCCGAGGAAGAGAACAAAGCUGCAGAAGAGGCAGGGUCCCCUGCAGAGCCUCAGUGCAGGAAGAGAAGACACAGCUCACAGCAGGAUCCCCAGGAGCCGGAAGGUGGAGCCUGUAAGCGGGGCUGCUUGGAGGAAGGCGCCAGAGUGAGGAGCGUGUGGACGCGUGGAGCGGCUGCCGGCCGGUUCCCUCCUGCGAGUCCGGCAGCAGCGCUCGGCACAGAGCUGGAGCCUGGGUGUUAUUUCUAG